GUGACUGCCCUCAUUGGUGACUCUCAGGCCGCCAUGCUGGGUGAAGGUUGUUUGGCCAAGGGCGACACAAAGCUGACUCUGGGAACGGGCUCCUUCCUGAACUCCAACCUCGGUUCCAAAACAAUUCCCCCACCAAAAGGUACGUUAUGCCAUCAAUUUAGUGUCAAUAAUUUGGGCAGCUUCUCACGGCUUCGAAUACGAGAGAAAGUGUGUAACAAACAACUAACAGUUUUAAACGUUCAGGAAAAUCAAUAUUCAUGUGACGUGUUUUCCGAUUGGCAGGAUUGUCAGUCCAGGCUAGUGGGUGUUACUUGCUUUUCGUCAUUCGGCUGUGUUUGGUCGCGUGCGUUGAUUUUGGCUUAG